AUUAACGGACUCUCCAAUCACUCAAAUAUGGAACACGAGAAAUGCUAUAUAUAUGCACCACCUGAAUCUAAUUCGGAAGAGCGGCCAUCAAAGCGUGUCCGAACAAGCAAGCUUCAAUCACAACCACAACUCACAGAACGACUUUCGACGUAUAGGGAAGUAUGGGCUCAGCAAGAAGAACGUAUUCAGCAAACGUUAGAGAAUGCGGAUAGCGUCACGCAGGAGAAUAUUGUGAAAUUUGUCGCUGCAUCAACAACGUCAGAGGGCGAGCCGCAAGCAUCUAUACCGACAGGUUUAAUCGUCGCAGGACCCAGCAUCGCAUCGCAUGGUUUAUUCUUCUCUCGCUUGGGACAGAACAUCAGAAGUGAGACCGACAGCGCAUAUGCUGUUCUCACAUCUGGAGAAUGCCCCAAUCUCAAAACCUUGUUGAAAUGCCUGGUAAAGAAGAUCACCUCACUCAAAGAUGACGGGGAUGAGCAUGAUGAUCUCAUUAAUUCUGGAUUCUCGGCGAGAAAUGGCCCAAAACUUCUUGAUUUCGAUCUUGGCCAUGUGCAAAUGUGGCAGGAUAAGAACGAGACCCAAAGCAUUGUUGUGGCCAUACAAGAUAGCGAGGCGUUUGAUACCGCAGUGCUUGUUGAACUGGUAGACACUGUCCACUCCUGGCUUGAUCGUUUACCUUUCAUUUUACUAUUUGGCAUUGCUACGUCUGCGGAGAACUUCGAAGACAGAAUGUCUGGAAAAUCGCUUCGAUACCUGGAUGGCCAAAAAUUUGAUGUCACUCAAUCGGAUGUCAUCAUAGAGAAGCUGUUCAGUGUCACAGUUGCUAACGCUGAUGCGCGUCUCCGCAUUGGACCAACCCUAAGCCAUCGUCUUCUAGAUCGGCAGAAGGACCAUGUUCAGAACGUCCAAGAUUUUGUUGAUGGACUUAAAUACGCCCACAUGUCACACUUCUACGCGAGCUAUCCAUCAAUCUUCUUGCGGAAAGGUUCGACUUACACCGACCUGCCUUCAGAGGCCUUUGAAGCCGUGCGAAACCUGCCAUCGUUCCGAAGAUGGAUUGAAACGCUCCUACAAGACGGCAAUGCUUCUGAAGUUCGCACAUUGCUCCAAUCGGAUCAAUCCCUGCACGAGGAAAUAGCAAAGCAUAUUAAACUAGGACAGACUGCCCUCACAUCUUUGAGUCAAGCAGCUAUCUUGUUCCACAACAUACGUGAGAGUCUCCAGAUAUCACCACCAUUCCGGCUAUCGACCAUCUGGACCCGGGCAGCAGCAGGCGAUCUAUCCGGCAGCCCGUUAUAUCGCGAAACCAUGCUCUCCCUCAAAAAAGCCUCCUCUGACAAGCUCAAGCAGCUACUGAUAUCCAUGGAAAGAUUGAACAUGGAGGGAUCUUCCAUUGACUGGGCCAAGUUCAAUCAGAAUCUGCUGAAGCUCGUUCAGAACAGUGACGGCUCAGGUCCUUUACGAAGUCAAGAUGACGUGCGGAACGACAGCGUCCGUACGACAGUCAUUGCACAGAAAGUUUUGCUCAGCAAACACAAGGCUGCACUUUCUGAGCAAGACAAAGCGUACUCGGAGCUUGUUGCACAAUUGCAUGACGAGAUUGACAGAUAUAUGACAUCGGCCUUUAUCGAUCCGCAGGCCAUGUUUUUAUCUGAAAUCUUCAUGUAUGACCUAAAGUCGCCCCAUGUUGAGGUUUUCCAACCCAAACCUCGCUUCGCAAUCGAACGUGCCUUGGCUACACCGCACGAUUACCUGGGCUGUAGCUGUUGUGACAGAAACCGAACGGAAGAGGAGGGAGUACUCGCAGCAACCCAGCCAGCCACGGCUAUUCUAUAUCAGCUGUUUCUGGAGUCUGGAACUUUGAUCAACGCUAGCGACUUGUGGUCUGCUUUCGAGGCAAUCGUUGAAGAAGGAAGCGAAGAGAGUGACCCAAAAACAUCGGCCCUCAUUCAACGUGCUCUUGCUGAGCUGAGAUAUCUUGGACUCGUCAAACCGAGCCGGAAAAAGACCGAUCAUAUCGCUAAGAUAAUGUGGAAGGGUCUAUGA